AUGCACCGCUGGCAGCCGCGGUGCGCUUGUCCUGGUCUUGCCGAGCCCUGCUCUGGAGCCGAGGUUCGCUCCAAGACGGGCUCGCGGGCCCAGGCUGGCGGCCGCGUCCCAGUCUUUGAGGAGGCGGCGGGCCCAGCGCUGCUCCAGCCCAAGCCCGCCGUCGAGAGGGGACGUGAGGCGAUCGCCAGCAGGGCCGAGCGAGCCGCCAUCGCGGCGUUGGCCCGCUGCCUGCUCUCGGCGGCGGCCGUGCGCGUGGCCGCUGUCUCCACGAGGUACGCGGCCUCGUCGUUUGGGCCGAGGACCGCGCAGGUCGACGACAGGCCGCCGCCGUCGCUGACCGAGGCCACGGACCAGGCCCACGGGCCUCCUGGGGCGCUCGACGCCUUCGGCGACCUGGCGGACGCACCACGCCUGACGAUCACGCCGCCAAACGUCACACGACGCCAUCGGCUGGUGCACGACGCCACGGGCGAUCUCGCAGCCGACGCCGCCUCGGGCGCCACGCUCUUCGACACCAUCACCCAGCUGGCGAAGAGCGCAGACGCCCGGGCGCAGAAGACCAAGCAGGCCGUGGUGGAGGCGGCGGUCGAGAUCGCCAGGAAGCCCGUGGAGGUCCUGAGGGUCGGCGUGCCGGUGAUCGCCGCGAGGGCCAGGGAGGCCACCGACGCGUUCUCGCAGGGCAUGGGAGAGUCCAUCCAGCUGCUUGAGGAGGGCGACGUGGCUGGGGCUCUCAAGGCGGCCACGAUCGCCAUCGCCCGGCUCCAGAAGGCAUCCCACAUCUCCGACGAAGGAACAUCGGCGGCCGUCUCGAGGUCUGUGGGCUUCUUGAUGGUGUUCGUGCUACUAGGCCUCGCGUGGGGCUUGGAGUUCCUGCUUUCGAGGAAGUCUGUUCCAGAGCAAGAAGCAGAUCCCGCCGAGAAGGGCAAUAUGCGGCAGAAGCCCUUCUUCCAUGCCUUGAGGUGCCCCUUGGCCUUGCCGCCGGAUCUGUAUACUUACACAUCCCGACGCUUGCAGCAUCUGGGCUUGUGUCUUGUGACCGACCAUGUGUUAGUCUCGCCUUGCGUUCGCGCGGCUCCUGCUCAGAAUUGCUAG